AGACAGAUUACCCGGAGUUUCUUUCUGUUUUUUUUUUAUCGGGUAUUCCUUUGUGGCCUUCAUAUUUGCAAAGGAACUACAAUAAAAAAGCUAAGCCACUUAAUAUAGUUUGCCCACUAGUAUGCUUAUAUAGAGAACACGGAAAUUUUCCAUUUGCGAAACCCUUCCACGCUGUAGAAAACACAAAAUAACCAUGAGUGUGCUAGCAUAUCCACCAACAACAAAUGAAGAAUUUCGUCGCUGCACCAAACAAUGUGGAAUUGUUAUGUCGACGGAAGAUCAACAAUAUUUCGCUUUGGAAUGUGUGUUGUGUACAGAGAGAUUUCUUUAUUUAAAUGCUUUCAUUGAACAUAUAAGAAGGAAACAUGCAUCGCGUCCAACUAGCAAUGAAGUGAGGCCAAAUAAACGUCGUCACGAUGAUGGAGAAGUAAAUGAAAGCUUGACAGGCGGCCAUCCGCCAAUGCCAGAGACUUCGUCUGUCGUGAUCAAGGAAGAAAAGUGCUAUUUGGACGAGGACAAUCCUGACGAUGCUGCAUGUAUUAAAAAUGAACCCUUGGUGAACAACGAUUUUGAUGGAUAUUAUGGGGGACAAAAUGACACAAAUCUCAGUAUGACGGCUGAGGAUUCAAGUUAUAUGGCAGAUACCAGUUAUGCGGCCGAAUCUAAUGCCAGCUAUAAUGAUGAUUAUGAAGAUGAUGGAGAAACCGGUGGCGAUGAUACUAAUUAUGAUGACAUGGUUGAAGAGUCCCUAUUAAAUAGUUCCCCGAUUCCGGGUGUAACCAACCACAUAAAAGAUCGUAAAAUGAUUGUAUUUCUUAUUGAGGCCUUUCGACGCAACUCCUUUCUUUGGAAUCCUGAUCAUCCGCAAUUUCGAGAUCGUAUUAAACGCAACCAAUUUCUCAAAUGGAUGCAUGACGAAUUUAAGAGACGUUAUAAUUUAACAUUAGCCAGAGAUGCAAUAACACGCAAAUGGGAAAAUUUGCGCACUGUCUAUAAACGUGAAUGUACGCGAAUGGCUUUGGAAAAUACCAACAUCAGUACUUUGUGGUAUUUCAAGGAAUUAUACUUUUUAAACCAUUUAUAUGGUGGUAAACAGGAAAAUAUGGAGACUGUUGUUCAAGGGGCCGCCUCUCGAAAGCGUAUGUUUGCCAUAUGGAAUGAUGUAUCCACAAAUAAAUUGAUAGAACUUUUAAGAGUAUACGCCUGUUUUUAUGACAGAAACCAUGCUGACUAUGGCAACAAAGAAAAGAAAGCUGAGGCAUUUCAACAAAUGGCCAAUGAACUUGCACCCAUCAUCGAGGUGACACCCAUACAGAUAUCAAAACGAAUUGCCCAAUUGAGAUACGAUUAUGCAAAACAAAAGCAGGAAAGAAUUAGGUGUGAAAUAACCGGCAAGAUAUUCACACCCAACUAUAGCUAUUAUGAUCAGCUGUUAUUCAUGGACAGUGAUAUUGCUCCGUUUAAGUGUGACCUUUGUGUCUCGGUUUUAAGAUCAACACAAGAACUAGAUGCCCACAUGAUGUCUCACAAGCAGCAAAAUUCUCAGUUUUCGAAUAUAUCUUCGUCGAGCAGCAUAAAUCCGAGCGGUAAUAGUAUUAACGAUUUUAAUGGUGGUUCGAAUUACUUUUGUCCCGUUUGUGAAUUAUGUUUCAAUGAUUUGGAGCAGCUUAAUCGCCACAAACAAAUCCAUCCACAAUUCAGGGAAGUGCGAUAUCAGUGUGAUCUAUGCACAGCUAGUUUUCGCGAUAAAACCAUCUACGAUGAACACAUACGAAGGCAUAAUGAUGAGUUACUUUUACCUGAUUUGAAUCUCCUUCCACCAAUAGACAACAAUGCUGAAAUAAUAACAGGUGAAAAUUCACCAUAUUUCUCUCCGGCAGACGAUUCCCACUCUUCAUCACCCAAAUACAAAUGCAACUAUGCCGGAUGUCAUAGAGAAUUUACGACACGUUCGAAUAUGAUGGUUCAUUCGAAAACUCACUGCAGCGACGAACAAUUCGGUUGCGAUGUUUGCGGAAAAGUAUUUAGAACUUCUAAAAAUCUACAAAAUCACAAACAAAUACAUAGUGCGAUUAAGAAAUAUGUAUGCAAGAUAUGUGGAUCCGCAUUUGCCCAGGCUGCAGGUCUAUAUCUACACAAAAGGCGGCAUAAUCGCCAGAUGUAAUACAUCAAAAAACGAAAUUAUUUAAGAACAAAGUAAUGUAAGUUGAACUUGAAGUGAUCUUUAUAAAAAAAAAUAUCAUGAACGAUACAUGUAGAACAAAAUUUUAAUGCAAAGGAAUUGACAUAAAAUAGAAA